GUAGACCAGGGGCGGGAAGAGAUGCUAGGAAGAGACAGGCCCACUUUUCCCAAACUGUACAAGGGAGCGCCUGUAGUUUCAGGUUAGGAGCAACAGGUAACAAAUUAAAGAUGCCCGGCACAGCAAGACACGACCGGGAGAUGGCAAUCCGGGCCAAAAGAGACCUUGCCAAAACUACAGAUCCAAUCGAGAGACUUCGCCUUCAGUGCCUAGCAAGGGGCUCCGCUGGCAUCAAAGGCCUCGCCAGGGUCUUUCGAAUCAUGGAUGAUGACAACAGCAGGAGUAUCGAUUUCAAAGAGUUCUUGAAAGGCCUCAAUGAUUAUGCUGUGAUGAUUGAAAAAGAUGAAGCUGAAAAGAUCUUCAAGAUCUUUGAUAAAGAUGGGAGUGGAACAAUAGACUUCGAUGAAUUUCUCAUAACAUUAAGGCCUCCCAUGUCUAACGCAAGAAAAGAAGUCAUCAUGCAAGCCUUUCGAAAGCUAGACAGGACCGGGGAUGGGAUUGUCACCAUUGAAGAUUUACGAGGAGUCUACAAUGCAAAACACCACCCCAAGUACCAGAAUGGGGAAUGGUCCGAAGAGCAAGUUUUUAGGCUGUUUCUGGAUAACUUCGAUUCGCCUUAUGAUAAAGACGGACAGGUCACACCAGAAGAAUUUAUGAACUAUUACGCAGGUGUCAGUGCUUCAAUAGACACAGAUGUCUACUUCAUUGUGAUGAUGAAAAACGCUUGGAAAAUCUGAUUUUGUUAUUGUAAUGCAAAGUGCUACUGCAGUUGUUGUCGUUAUUGUAAACAUCUCGUAAGCCCCAUAUACAGGACAGUGCUGCUGUAUUCAGAGCAGUAACCAGCUGCACCAUUCCUAGGAGUGAAUUAGAAGAAGCAAUAGCCAAAAUUAUCACCGUGCCUAUUAUUUUGGGAAGACUGAUCUCACUGAGGGACUGUGCUUUUUGUUUCAGCAAACAGGGAUUCCUAAUGUAACAAAUGUGAACAGGGGACAGGAGGACAGAAGUAGUGCUUGAGUCAGGGAUGAUAAGCCCUUCCCCCACCUGCUGCUUUUCAACUCCUU